UCGGACGUUUGGAAUCAUGACGUGUUGAUAAUUUUCAUCGCGCAUAUUGAAUUUGGGAAUCCCGUCUGCGCGCAAACGUUCAAAAGCAAAACAGGAGGCGCGUCACGCACGGCCUCAAAGCCUUAGCAAAUUUUCCCAAUUUCCCACUGGGUCGACAGAGUGCACCAUCAGAGGUUAACAAUGAAAUUGUCCCGAUUACUUGCAUUGUCCUGCACCACCCUCAUCAUUGUACUCGUUUUCGUCUCUUCUUCUUCGGACGGCGCCAAACAUCGCAAGUUAUCAAAUCGGCGAAAUCGGCAAAUGAUCAUAGAUUGCUGUGGCAGGGAUUCGUGCAGCGAAUCUACAGAAAAAUCUCAGACGUCGCUUCACUCAAAUGCGACUAACAAAAAUGUGGCCACCGCUAAAGGAGCUUUGAAGACAACCACUUCAACAGAAGCGCCUGUUGAGGAAGAAACUGUACCAGAUGAAAGUACGACUGCUGAGAUUUUGUCCUCGCAAACCCCUUUGGUAACAGCAGCGGCGCCUGUUGCAACGAGUGCAGCGGCGCCGGCGGACACCACGACAGCGCCACCAUCAGGCACGUCCUCCUCAGAUGGACCAACGACAGCUGGGCCAACCACUUUGGAAACGACAACUUCGACUUUGACAACAGAAACGAUGACCACACCCGAGCCAACAACCACGACAACCACAACACCAACCACCACAACCCCCACGACCACCACGGAAGAAACAACAACCACUACGCCACCCAUCAUUUUAACAGGGGAGUACUGUGUUUUCCGGGGCUGCCCUUACCAUCCUUGUCCGAUUGACCCGAUCAUGCAAAAAACAAUGCUGGCAGGGACAAACUCUAGUGACGGUGCUUUCUUCUCCAAGUGCGGCAAGAAGUAUCUGUUCAGCAGCGUCAAGAAAACGCGAUAUGAAGCAGCGAUGCUGUGCUGCAAGUACAACAUGCGGCUGGCCAGUGUCGAAACAGACGACGAGCAGCUCUGUCUAACCAAUUUGAACAACGAUGUUUUGAAAAAUUCGGGCACGACUUUCUGGACGUCGGGGAUUACAGACCCGUACUGUCCGAGCGUGUGGUGUCCAAACGUCAACAACUACUCAACGCCCAUCACGUCGGUGAUCAAUCGUGUGCAGACGGCGCCGACCAAGAUCACUGACAAGUGCAAUUCGUUCGUUCUGACCGCGGGCGACGACUCAAAGAGCGGCUUGAAAUUCUCCGACUGCAACGCACCGCUCAAUUUCAUUUGCGAAUCCUAUGAGCCGGCGUGUCCAAAUGAAUGCACUAAGGACACUUCCUUGUACAAUUCUAGAGGAAACGUGAUAGAUCCUUUGAGCUACGGAAACUGGAUUAACAGCUGCAAUUUCACUUUUCUCUUCGGCACAAACCUGGGUUCCUGGCAAGACAACUGGAACACCUGCUGCCAACUUGGGAUGUCCCCAUUUGUGCUGGACCAAGCACAGGAGUUUGCUUGUUUCGAGAACCUCCUCAAAGGGUGGCAGUACAACUUGAACUACUGGACGGACGGAUCUCGGCUGGAUUCGCCAACGAACCCCAAGUGGUGCUCGUUGAAGAAGUUCGUCGGCAACCUGACCCUGGAAGGUCAGAACAACGCGAGCUACGUGGACAAGGACUGCAUAGGUCUGCAAAUCACGAAGACGACCAAUAACAUCACCAGCUACUUCAGCAGUUCCCUGGGCAUGCGGAACUGCUCGGCCAGGCAGAUGAUCGCCUGCAGGGGCCCUGCAACUCCAAAACCUUGCAACAGACCCUUCUGUCCAAGAAGCUGCCCCAAAAAUGCUUCACUGUUUGAGAGCGGAGGAAAAUUAAAAUAUGCAACAACAUACGGUCGCUGGACGUCAAAGUGCCAAAAGUAUUACAUGUUCACAGAAAAAACGGCCAACGGAUCUCUGUCUUGGCAAGACGCAAAGUGCAAGUGCGAGUCAAUCGGCAUGAAAUUAGUCUCUCCGCAAACAUUGACGCAGGUCAGCUGCCUGGACAACAUAACCAGAGAAGGCAUGGCGGAUCUGCAGGGCAGUUACUGGACUGGGGGCAGCUUUCUGGACUGCGACGAUCAGUUCAGCUGGUGCACCCUGGAAGAAUUCUUCAACAGCAGCACCGUUCGCUGGGGAGCCAACCAGCCGCCGCUCAACAAGGUCAACACGUGUGUGCGCCUCACUUUAACCGCCACGGUCUCCUAUUUGCAAACCGCGAGUUGCGACGAAAAGGCCAACUAUAUCUGCGAGAUGGAUGACACGAACGGGGAUAGUUUAACUGCGGCGCGAAGCCAGUUGUGCCAGAAGGCGUUCAACGUUUCCGAUGCCGAUUUGCAGACCGUCUUUACGGCAACUUCUUUUUCGACUAGUCUCAAAUGCUACUUUAAAUGCAUGGGAGAGAAGAUGGGCUUGGUUAAAAACGGGUUGCCCGUGGGGAAAGAAGUGCUCAAGUUGGUCGAGGCCAAUUCCAAGAAUAGUGACGCGAUGCAAGACAGUUUCGACAUUUUUGACGUGUGCAAAAAUAAGAAUUCUGGCGGGUGUGAGGCGAUUGCCCAGGCAUUCCAGUGCACGGCGGCCAGCGCGCCCAGUGUCGUCUCAGGAAUGGUGCAAGAUUCGGUUAAGGACGUUUCGUCUGGAGCGCCUGUUUCCUGUACGAACGUAAAUUGCACGGCCAACCCGACAUGCACAAUCAAUACAGCUGACGUUACAAGCUUAGAUAACGGGCAAAAUGCGGCUGGCGAUUCUUAUGGAAGCAUUUACGGAUACCCACUGACAGCUUGUGGAAAGAAAUACUACGUCUCGACUCUUUUCUUUGACGCCGACGCGGCUGCGACCAAGUGCUGCACUUUGAACAUGACCCUGGCCUACUUCUUCACGGUGGACCAGUUCAACUGCUUUCUGGCCGCCGACAACGCCCUGCAGAAGACCAAGGCGGGCACCAUCUUCUACCUGGGCGCCAACAACAUCGGCUGCAUCUCCUUCUUCGGGUGGUGCCCUUCGAAGCGGUCCAUUCCAGCCCUCCAGUUCAUGGCGUCGUCCAACACGACCGCGCUGACCAACCGCUGUCUCGGCAUCAAGGCCAACUCCACCAUGUUCAGUGACAAAGUGACCGAGAUCAAGUGCACUGGGCUGUACCAAUUCAUCUGCACCGAAAAUGCAUAAUUUUUCUACAUCUUGCGACGGCAAUAAAGAAACGUGUGAAAACACAAACUG